AGUCAAGAGGUUUCUCCAGGAAAAGUCACAAACUUGGUAACGAAAUCUUUUUAUAAUUCUUUUCAACAAAUAUCUGUUUAAAUGUAUGAAACGUAGAUUGCCUUCAUAAUGGAAACAUCUGUUUUCUUUUUCUCACAGAUUUAUGUCAAUCACAAGCGCGUCUACCCAGCUUACAGUAACAAUGACUUCCAAAUCACAGACAACGGCAUUGAAGCUUUACUGGUCAUACCUGCCAUCGGCGCGCAGAUUAUGUUCUCUGGUCUCCAGUUCAGUAUUGAACUCCCAUGGAGUAAAUUCCAUGGCAAUACCGAGGGACAAUGUGGAACAUGUGACAACAAUCGCAAAGAUGACUGCCGCUUGCCCAAUGGAACAAUUGAUUCAUCUUGCCCAGAUAUGGCCCACCAUUGGAGGGUUAAUGAUAGCUGUCCAGCACCCCCACCACCACCCCCACCCCACACCUGUCCACCAGAAACCAUCUGCAAAAUCAUUUCGAGCAAGGUCUUUGAAAGGUGCCAUGAAGUUCUCCCCUAUAUCCCAUUUGUGCUGGGGUGUGAGUUUGACGUAUGCAAUAUAAAGAAUCCCUCUAUUGGAUGUGCUAGCCUUCAGUCUUAUGCUCAGCAGUGUGCUUUGAACGGUGUUUGUAUCGACUGGAGAUCUGCCACAGAUGGAGUGUGUGACUUCGAAUGCAAUGCACCCUUGGUGUACGAGGCCUGUGGUCCACAAGUUGAACCUACUUGUGAUCUAAGGUAUAAUAACAGAUUCAUUAAAGAUGAAACCCAAUUCACUGCUUUAUCGUCCAUGUUGUGGGAGGGAUGCUAUUGUCCUGAGGGUACUACUUUGUUGGACCAUGAAUCUCAUACGUGCCUUCCCAGCUGUGAUAUUUGUUUCAUACCAAAUGGAAAAUGGAAACAGGUUAAUGAAAGUUGGGUCAGUGGCUGUGACCUUUGCACGUGCCAGUCAGAGCCAAACCUUUCACCAACAGUCAUCUGCAAACAGUUGCCCUGUCCAAUUGAACCCCCAGUCACAUGUGAUCAGGUUGGCCAGGUUACAGUGACUGAAACAGUGGGAUGUUGUACACAAGACAAAUGUGCAUGUGAUGUCACCAGUUGUCCAAGCCAGAAGCACUCUUGUCCAGUUGGCUACAGUCAAGAGACUGAAAUGGGAGUGUGUUGCCCUAAGCAUACCUGUGUUCCUAACCCUGUUUGUGUAUUCAACAACACCGAAUACUUGCCAGGCAACAGUGUGCCCAUGAGAUACUGUGAGAAUUGUGUGUGUAGUGAUAAACUGGAAAACGAUGGCAAGCUUCAUGCGAUUGGAUGUGAGCCUAUCAAGUGUGACACUUACUGUCCACAGGGCUUUGAGCUACAGGAAAUACCUGGACAGUGCUGUGGGAAGUGCGUGCAGACCAGUUGUGUGGGCGUAUAUUCAGGAAACCUCACACACACUAUUCCAGUUAAUGGUAUCUGGACUCCACCUGGCAACAAGUGUGUGAAGUUUGAGUGUUUGAAGAUCGGAACCCAGUUCAUCACAAUUGAGGCCAGAACAGUCUGUCCUCUCUACAACCCUCAAGAUUGUAUUCCUGGAACAGAGGUCCUUGCUCCUGACGGUUGCUGCUAUACAUGUAUAAGAAAAUGCAACGUGACAAAGGAAUCCACAUACCUGCAGCAUAACGGCUGCACAUCCUCUAAGAAGGUUGACAUGUCCACUUGUCAAGGUCUUUGUCAGACGUCCUCCUGGUUCUCUUCGAAGACAAGAAUGAUUGAGCGCUCCUGUUCCUGUUGCCAGGAGAUUAACAGUAGCAAGAAGGAAGUCGAGAUGGUCUGCCCUGAUGGGUCAAAGUUCAAUUAUUCAUAUGACUACAUUGAACUAUGUGGCUGUCUUCAGUCAAAAUGCACCACAGUGGAAAAAGCAGUGAUUAAAAAGCUUAGAAGAAGGCGUUAAUGAGACAGUGCUAGAUCUCACUUCUUAUUACAAAUCACUUUUUCUAUUUUUGUCUCAAUUGGACUGCUAAAAGAAUCUGUAGUUUUAGCAUUUUUUUUGGAAGAAGUAGGCGACUGCUUUUGUAUCUUCCAAAAUGUAAUUUAAAUAAACC